AUGUCAGAUCAAGGCAGUCAUCCAAACAUAUAUAGUGGACUGCACAGUAUGUCGAAAUACUAUAUCGAUUCAUUUAAUGCGUUGUAUCAGCUAAAAACAGAAAAUGAAGAAGAAUUAAACUCGAUUUACAAAAUGAUCAAUACAAAUUUGAUCGAUUCAAAGAAUCAUCUCCCAGAAACUAUAAUAAAAGAUAUUAUUGAUAUCAUUCCUUAUAAUAAUCGCUAUACAAAGUCAUAUUUAUCUCUUGCCAAGCUCAUAUCUGAUAAUUAUCAAGUCAAAGAAGUCCACAAUGUUAAACUUAUUUCAAACUUCCUGUUUUAUAAAGAAUACGGAAUUAAAUUAGACAAGUCUGUGGAUUUCGAACAAAUUAAAUCAGAAAAUCUCGAUAUUCAUAAAGAAAAUACAAUUUACAGAGCAAUUAUGAAUAAUGACUUAGAAAUAUUCAUUUCAUUCACUGAAAGAGAAGGAUUUGAUAAAUAUCAAAUUCUUCAAAGCAAUUUAUAUCCAUAUACUAAAGAAGGAUAUUCAUUACUUGAAUUAUGUUGUUACCAUGGAGCAGUUGAUUGUUUCAAGUUUUUAAGAACAAAAUUCAACUCAAGAAUAACUGAAAUAUGUCUCCAAUUUUCAUUUUUAAGAGGAAAUCAAGAGAUCAUGAGUGAAUGUUUAAAAAAUAAAAAACCAGACAAAAAAUGUAUGGAAUAUGCGAUUAUUUCACACAACAUUGAUUUUGUUACAUUCUUGGUGAAUGAAUACGAUUUAGAGAUUGAUUUACAAUAUUGCAGAAAAUAUAAAAAUCUUGAAUCAUUUUUAGUUGUUUUAGAUCAAUCUAAAUUUUUAAUUAACUCUUUUAUUAUAUCACCGAUGUUUAAUAUUCCAUCCAUUUGCCAAUAUUUCCUUUUACAUGGUGUAGAUAUAAAUGAAACAGAUGAUUAUCAAAGAACUGCUCUUCAUAGUGCAGUAGAAUAUAAUAGUAAAGAAGCAGCCGAAUUUCUUAUUUCACAUGGCGCAAAUAUCAAUAAAAAAGAUAAAGAUAGGCAAACAGCUCUCCAUUAUGCAGCUAUUUUCAAUAGUAAAGAAACAGCUGAACUUCUUAUUUCACAUGGUGCAUAUAUCAAUGAAAAAGACAAAUGUAAGAAAACCGCUCUUCAUAGUGCAGCAGAAUAUAAUAGUAAAGAAAUAGCGACACUUCUAAUUUCCCACGGUGCAAAUAUCAAUGAAAAUGAUAAAUUUAGGAAAACUGCUCUCCGUUAUGCAGCAGAAAGGAAUACUAAAGAAAUAGCUGAGCUUCUUAUUUCACAUGGUGCAAAUAUCAAUAAAAAAGACAAAUGUAAGAAAACCGCUCUUCAUUAUGCAGUUGAAAAUAAGAGUAAAGAAAUAGUCGAACUUCUAAUUUCACAUGGUGCAAAUAUCAAUGAAAAAGAUGAAAAAAUGAAAACUGCUCUCCAUUAUGCAGCAGAAAAAAAUAGUAAAGAAACUGCCGAACUUCUUAUUUCACAUGGUGCAUAUAUCAAUGAAGAAGAUAAUUAUGGAAAAACAGCUCUGGAAAUUGCAAGAGAUCAUGUUUGUACAGAUACAGCCAAACUUCUUCUUUCACUUGGUGCAAAAGACAAACAAAUGUUCAUAUGA